AUGGCAGACGAAGGCCGAGACGGUGACGACGAUGCCACUGCCACCGCCGAUGAAAGAAGCUCUAGCCACAACCUUUGCAAAACCAAAGAGUCAGGAGAUUCGAGCGAGAGUGUAGUAGACUUAAUCAGCUCUAUGCCAGAUGAUAUCCUCCAACAUAUCCUCUCCUUUAUUCCGACCAGAUUCGCCAUCAGCACUUCCAUCUUGUCCAGACGAUGGAGACAUGUAUGGUCCGACCCACCUUAUCUCCACUUCUAUGAGGACAGACCGGAUGCUGAUUCGAUAAACAAAAUCCUAGCUCGCAACAAAGCUCCGAAGAUUAUGAGCUUCCGUCUCCGUACCAGCAACUUGGAUGAUUCUGCUGACCUGGACAGUUGGAUCAAGUUCGCUUUGUCCCGAAACGUGGAGAAUCUGUCGCUUGAUUUGGAGUGGGGUUUCUUUAACAUCCCUCAGCUCCUCUACGUCAGUUCCUCUGUCAAGCUACUCAGCGUUAAGUCAAGCUUGUCUGAUAUGAUUCCCAAAUGCUCUGUGUCUUGGACAUCCCUGAAGAAGCUGUCGUUGUUUUCAUGCAACCUCUCUGAUGAAUCCAUUGCUAAUAUCCUAUCUGGUUGUCCCAUUCUCGAAAAAUUAAGAUUGCAUUACUGCGAUGGACUGACCAAGGUUCUUGAUCUCAGCAAAUCACCGCGUUUGAAAACAUUUGUAGUUUAUAACGACAAUUACUGGCCGGGGCCAACUAAGAUUGUGGCACCACAUAUCCGCUGUCUCGGACUGAGAACCUCUCCGUUACUAUGCCAUUUAGUUGAUUUCUUAUCUUUAACCGAAGCUAACGUAGAGAUCAGCUGUAUCUCAGAAGAGGACAUACCGGACGCUGAUUCUCUUUACAUCAUGGCGCUAGAGAUGCUAGACAAGUAUCAGAACGUAGAAACGCUUUCUUUUGGGGACAACUUUCUUAAGAUUUUAUCUCUUGCCGAGCUCCGUGGUAGUCUUUUCCCAAAAUUCAAGGUUAAAGCUUUAACGAUUGAGACAACGGUCUCUCAUUAUAUAAUUCCUGGUAUAGUAAGGUUGCUCCAAAACUCUCCUGAACUCAAGAAGCUAACCUUUGUAGACACAGGGGAUCAUAAUUGCAUACCGGACAGCUAUAUUGACGAAAACUUGUUUUCUCAUGGCUUGGAUCCGGAUCAAUACUGGAGCUCGGAAGCGAGAGUCUUCAAAAAUACUACUCCCCUCUGGAGUUUAGAGGCACAGGCUGUGGUUUUGUUUAUAGAGCUUGUGCUUAAAACCACAAAGACAUUAGAGAAGAUGGUCCUAAGUGCUUACUCGAAACAACAAAUGUCUCCAUUGUGA